GACUGGUUACGCCCACGCCUCCGAAGAAAAGCGAAGUGAAGAGCAGCAUGGCUUCCAGCAUCUCGGUUGUUCUCCUGCUGUUCGCGGGUUUAUUCCAGAAUAUUGUCAGCUAUGAAGACUGUUACAGUGUUAUUAAGAAUGAAUUUGUAGUCUGUGGUUGGUUGACCAACAAUUUCUGCUGUGGGACCUGUAAUGGCACUUACUGCUGCGAUGACCCUCAUAAAAGAAUCACCAGAAACGAAUUAGACGACUGUUUUUGGAAAGACUUCAAGGCUUUGGAAGGAAAGUUGAAUUUUCUUCAACCAAAGAAAAUCACAACUGACAACACGUGUGUCGCAGUUUAUUCCUCUUUAAUUGGAGUUGUGGCCUUCAUCGUUGUGUUCAUCAUCUGCUGGGUCUCUCCCUCCUGCUUUCUCCAUAAGAGAUUCAGAAAUCCUGGAUCUGUGUUGUCGACUUCUACAUUCGUGACGACACAAUGCCUUCCACAGCUUGACAGUAAGAACGGCCACUACCCUCCAUACCAGCCUUUGUCAAAUGACCCACCACACGGAGACCAACUAAUGCCAACUGGAUCUUUGAAUGGACCACCACCAUCAUAUCUGGAUGCUGAUGGAGGUCAGACUGUGGACCCUAAACAACCAGCAAUGCAGAUGGACUAUACGUCGCUUCCAUUAGCUGUAAACCCUGUUUAUGUGGAAUCACCCGGAAUAACUAGAGUUCAGAUGCCCAAGACUGGUUACUAAACCAACUCCAGUGUGUCUGAGAUUGUAAACUUGUUGGAUUGUAAAUAUAUUGAUUUGAUUCAUUAAAUGUUACUCGCAAGUGUAAAGUUGACUUUCAGAGUCUGGAGUUGAAGAAACCAAACGUUUUGAACUUGUUCAGUUAAUCUUUCAGUUUUAAAGCAGAUGAAAUUUUGAGUAUAGUUCUUUGUAAAUGUUUUUUUUCUUCAGUUUUCUUGGAUCUAGACAUUAAAAACAAUGUUCAAACUGCACUGGCGGUCAUUGGUUUCCUCUUGGGUUUGUCACAUGGACAUGGGAGGCACUUAUCAUCAGGAUUGUUUGGGUUACACGAGCAACAACAGCAUAACUGAGCAUAAUUAAUUCUGCAGUCUCCGGAAAUACGCCAUGUACACUAAACCCAGCACUAAAUGGGAAGAGCUGCGCUAUGGUGUACGCAGUCAUGUUUCUUCUGUGCCUUUCUGCGGUUAUAUUCAAAGUGACAUUAGCUCUUGAGGAUUGUACAUCCUACAAUGCCAGCAGGGGUGAUCUUGUAUUGUGUAGCAGAAGGUCUUUCUUCUGCUGUGGGACGUGCGAUAAGAUGUACUGCUGCAACAAUCGGAAGGAAAAAAUAACCAAAGAUGAACUAAACGACUGUCUUUC